AUGGCACCCUCGCCUGUGGCAGCGACAAUACGAGCAGGCGUUCCCCAGGUGCCUUGGGCAGUGCGGCCAGUGUUCCGGUCGCCUUCGGCGCCGUUUCUUCCGCCAGGCGAGCAUCCGUGGCGAGAGGCGAAGCAGGUGCCUCCACCCUGCCCAGUGCCCUCGAAGGCUCCGUCAGGCUGCAUGCAACGAGCUGCCAGCGUGCCUGUCCUGCCUCUCCAGAAUAUCAGGCCACUGCAACGUGUGGCUGCAGCGUCAUACACCAUGCCUCCCCGCUAUGUGUGCAGAUCGCCUGGCGCGAGCGGCGCGAGCCGGUCGGCGUCACCGCCCAUGCGAAUCUGGUCUGGGACAUCCUGGCCCUCGGAGGUGACAAGGCCUUCGGAAAUCCAGGAGAAGGCCCGAGUGAAGGCCUUCGAGCCCGUUGCACGUGAGACCGUGAGGCGGCCAAGCUGCGCAUCCAUCGUGCCAUCGGGUGAGGCAAAUGCAGGCUGUCGCAGGAUCUCCCACAUGGUGGUCCCACCCAGCGAGGAGGUCGAGCUCGGAGACAAGGAGGUGCCAGUACCAGCGACUCGCGCGCCUGUGGAGGCGCGGCUUCCGCACCUCCCAGACCUGGGGGCCAACGGUCUGCCUCAAUGGGAGCCUUUCUCUGCCGUCCUUCCAAGCCAGGCGCCCGCAGCAGCAGAACAGCCGCCUGAGGCGCAAGCCAAGGCGCCGGCAGUUGCUGCAGGGCCGCCUGGGACGCGAGCCGAGGCGCCUGAGCUCGUCUCCACUUCCUCCUUGGUGCCAAGCGCGCCUUCGCCCACGAAUCGCGCAAGUGCAAGCCAGGCGGGCAGAAAGAGCACAAUGUUUGGAGAGGAGGAGAGGGAGAGGGAAGAGAAAGGGAAGAGGGAGGGAAUAGAGGAGGAGGAGAGAGGGACGAGAGAGGGAGGAGAGAGGGAGGAGAGAGGGAGGAGAGAGAGGGAGGAGGAGGAGAGAGGGAGGAGAGAGGGAGGAGAGAGGGAGGAGAAAGGGAAGAAAGAGGAUGGAAAGAAAGAUGAAAAAUGGAAGAGAGAGGGAGGAGAGAGGGAGGAGAGAGGGAGGAGAGAGGGAGGAGAGAGGGAGGAGAGAGAGGGAAGAGAAAGGAAGGAGAGAGGGAGGAGAGAGGGAGGAGAGAGGGAGGAGAGAGGGAAGAGAAAGGGAAGAGAGAGGGAAGAGAGAGGGAAGAGAGAGGGAGGAGAGAGGGAAGAGAGAGAGAGAGAGAGAAAGAAAAGGAAGAGAGACGGAAGAGAGAGGGAAGAGAAAGGGAAGAGAAAGGGAAGAGAGAGGGAAGAGAGAGGGAGGAGAGAGGGAGGAGAGAGGGAGGAGAGAGGGAGGAGUGAGGGAGGAGAGAAGGAGGAGAGACGGAAAAGAGAAGGAAGAAAGAGGGAAAAGAAAUGGAGAAGAGAGGGAGGAGAAAGGGAGGAGAGAGGGAAAAGAGAUGGAAAAAAGAGGGAGGAGAGAUGGAGGAGAGAGGGAGGAGAGAGGGAAGAGAGAGGGAGGAGAGAGGGAGGAGAGAGGGAGGAGAGAGGGAGGAGAGAGGGAGGAGAGAGGGAGGAGAAAGGGAAGAAAGAGGAUGGAAAGAAGGAUGAAAAAUGGAAGAGGGAUGCAGGAGAGAGGGAGGAGAGAGGGAGGAGAGAUGGAGGAGAGAAGGAGGAGAGAGGGGGGAGAGAGGGAAGAGAAAGGCAGGAGAGAGGGAGGAGAGAGGGAGGAGAGAGGGAGGAGAGAAGGAGGAGAGAUGGAGGAGAGAGGGAGGAGAGAAGAGGAGAGAGGGAGGAGAGAUGGAGGAGAGAGAGGGAAGAAAGAGGGAAGAGAGAGGGAAGAGAGAGAGAAAGAGAGAAAGAGAGAGAGAAGGAAGAGAGAAGGAAGAGAGAGGGACGAGAAAGGGAAGAGAAAGGGAAGAGAAAAGGAAGAGAGAGGGAAGAGAGAGAAAAGAAGGAGGGAACAGAAAGGGAAGAGAGAGGGAAGAGAGAGGGAAGGAGAGAGGGAGGAGAGAGGGAGGAGAGAGGGAAGGCGAGAGGGAGAGGAGAGAGGGAGGAGAGAGGGAGGAGAGAGGGAAGAGAGAGGAGGAGAGAGAAAGGAAAGAAGGAGGAGAGAGGGAGGAGAGAGGGAGGAAAGAGGGAAGAGAGAGGGAGGAGAGAGGGAGGAGAGAGAAGAGAGAAGAGAGAGAAGAGAGAGAGAGAGAGAGAGAGAGAGAGAGAGAGAGAGAGAGAGAGAGAGAGAGAGAGAGGGAGGAGAGAAGGAGGAGAGAGGGAGGAGAGAGGGAGAAGAGAGGGAGGAGAGAGGGAGGAAAGAAGGAGGAGAGAGGGAAGAGACACGGAGGAGAGAGGGAGGAAAGAAAGAGGAGAGAAGGAGGAGAGAAAAGGAAGAGAAAGGGAAGAGAGAGAAAGAGAGAGAGAGAAAGAGAAGGAAGAGAGAAGGAAGAGAGAGGGAAGAGAAAGGGAAGAGAACGGGAAGAACGAGGGAAGAAAGAAGGAAGAGAGAGGGACGAGAAAGAGAAAAGGAAGAGAGAGGGAAGAGAGAAGGAGGAGAGAGGGAAGAGAGAGGAAAGAAAGAGGGAGGAGAGAGGGAGGAGAGAGGGAAGAGAGAGGAAAGAAAGAGGGAAGAGAGAUGGAGGAGAGAGGGAGGAGAGAGGGAGGAGAGAUGGAAGAGAGAAGGAGGAGAGAGGGAGGAGAGAGGGAGGAGAGAGGGAGGAGAGAGGGAGGAGAGAAGGAAGAGAGAGGGAAGAAAGAGGGAAGAGAGAGGGAAGAGAAAGAGAGAGAGAGAGAGAGAAAGAGAAGGACGAGAGAGGGAAGAGAAAGGAAAGAGAAAGGGAAGGGAGAGGGAAGGGAGAGGGAAGAGAAAGGCAAGAGAGAGGGGAAAAAAAAGGAAGAGAGAGGGAAGAGAGAUGGAGGAGAGAGGGAGGAGCGAGGGAGGAAAGAGGGAAGAGAGAGGGAAGAAAAAUGGAAGAGAGAGGGAGGAGAAAGGGAGGAGAGAGUGGGAGAUGGAUGGAAGAGAGAGGGAAGAGAGAGGGAAGAGAGAAGGGAGAGGGAGGAGAGAGGGAGAAGAGAGGGAGGAGAGAGGGAAGAGAGAGGGAGGAGAGAGGGAGGAGAGAGGGAGGAGAGAGGGAGGAGAGAGGGAGGAGAGAGGGAGGAGAAAGGGAAGAAAGAGGAUGGAAAGAAGGAUGAAAAAUGGAAGAGGGAUGCAGGAGAGAGGGAGGAGAGAGGGAGGAGAGAUGGAGGAGAGAAGGAGGAGAGAGGGGGGAGAGAGGGAAGAGAAAGGCAGGAGAGAGGGAGGAGAGAGGGAGGAGAGAGGGAGGAGAGAAGGAGGAGAGAUGGAGGAGAGAGGGAGGAGAGAAGAGGAGAGAGGGAGGAGAGAUGGAGGAGAGAGAGGGAAGAAAGAGGGAAGAGAGAGGGAAGAGAGAGAGAAAGAGAGAAAGAGAGAGAGAAGGAAGAGAGAAGGAAGAGAGAGGGACGAGAAAGGGAAGAGAAAGGGAAGAGAAAAGGAAGAGAGAGGGAAGAGAGAGAAAAGAAGGAGGGAACAGAAAGGGAAGAGAGAGGGAAGAGAGAGGGAAGGAGAGAGGGAGGAGAGAGGGAGGAGAGAGGGAAGGCGAGAGGGAGAGGAGAGAGGGAGGAGAGAGGGAGGAGAGAGGGAAGAGAGAGGAGGAGAGAGAAAGGAAAGAAGGAGGAGAGAGGGAGGAGAGAGGGAGGAAAGAGGGAAGAGAGAGGGAGGAGAGAGGGAGGAGUGAGGGAGGAGAGAAGGAGGAGAGAGGGAAAAAAAGGGAAGAAAGAGGGAAAAGAAAGGGAGAAGAGAGGGAGGAGAGAAGGAGGAGAGAGGGAAGAGAGACGGAGGAGAGAGGGAAGAAAGAGGGAAGAGAGAGGGGGGAGAGAGAGAGGGAGGAGAGUGGGAGGAGAGAGGGAAGAAAAAGGGAGGAGAGAGGGAAGAAAGAGGGAAGAGAGAGGGAGGAGAGAGGGAGGGAGGAGAAAGGGAGGAGACAGGGAGGAGAGAGGGAGAAGAGAGGGAGAAGAGAGGGAAGAAAGAGGGAGGCGAAAGAAAAGAAAGAGGGAAGAGAGAGGGAGGAAAGGGAGGGAGGAGAGAGGGAGGGAGGAAAGAGAGAUGAGAGAGGGAAGAGAGAGGGAGGAGAGCGGGAGGAGAAGGGGAGGAGAAAGAGAGAGGGAAGAAAUAGGGAAGAGAGAGGGCAGAGAAAGGAAGAGAGAGGAGGGAGGAGAGAGGGAAGAGAGAGGGAAGAGAGAGACAGAGAGAGAGAGAGAGAGAGGGAGAGAGAGAGAGAGAGAGAGAGAAGAGAGAGAGAGAGAGAGGGAGGAGAGAAGGAGGAGAGAGGGAGGAGAGAGGGAGAAGAGAGGGAGGAGAGAGGGAGGAAAGAAGGAGGAGAGAGGGAAGAGACACGGAGGAGAGAGGGAGGAAAGAAAGAGGAGAGAAGGAGGAGAGAAAAGGAAGAGAAAGGGAAGAGAGAGAAAGAGAGAGAGAGAAAGAGAAGGAAGAGAGAAGGAAGAGAGAGGGAAGAGAAAGGGAAGAGAACGGGAAGAACGAGGGAAGAAAGAAGGAAGAGAGAGGGACGAGAAAGAGAAAAGGAAGAGAGAGGGAAGAGAGAAGGAGGAGAGAGGGAAGAGAGAGGAAAGAAAGAGGGAGGAGAGAGGGAGGAGAGAGGGAAGAGAGAGGAAAGAAAGAGGGAAGAGAGAUGGAGGAGAGAGGGAGGAGAGAGGGAGGAGAGAUGGAAGAGAGAAGGAGGAGAGAGGGAGGAGAGAGGGAGGAGAGAGGGAGGAGAGAGGGAGGAGAAGGAAGAGAGAGAGAGAGAGAGAGAGAGAAAGAGAGAGAGAGAGAGAGAAAGAGAAGGACGAGAGAGGGAAGAGAAAGGAAAGAGAAAGGGAAGGGAGAGGGAAGGGAGAGGGAAGAGAAAGGCAAGAGAGAGGGGAAAAAAAAGGAAGAGAGAGGGAAGAGAGAUGGAGGAGAGAGGGAGGAGCGAGGGAGGAAAGAGGGAAGAGAGAGGGAAGAAAAAUGGAAGAGAGAGGGAGGAGAAAGGGAGGAGAGAGUGGGAGAUGGAUGGAAGAGAGAGGGAAGAGAGAGGGAAGAGAGAAGGGAGAGGGAGGAGAGAGGGAGAAGAGAGGGAGGAGAGAGGGAAGAGAGAGGGAGGAGAGAGGGAGGAGAGAGGGAAGAGAGAAGGAGGAGAGAGGGAAGAAAGAGGGAAGAGAAAGGGAAGAGAGAGACACAGAGAGAGAGAGAAAGAGAGAGAGAGAGAGAGACAAGGAAGAGAGAAGGACGAGAGAGGGAAGAGAAAGGGAAGAGAAAGGGAAGAGAAAGGGAAGAGAGAUGGAAGAGAAAGGGAGAGAGGAAGGAGGAGAGAAGGACGAGAGAGGGAAGGGAAGAGAAAGGGAAGAGAGAGGGAAGAGAAAGGGAGGAGGGAAGGAGGAGAGAGGGAGGAGAGAGGAAGGAGAGACGGACGAGAGAGGGAGGAGAGAGAGGGAAGAGAGAGAGAAGAAAGAGGGAAGAGAGAUGCAAGAGAAAGGGAAGAGCAAGGGAAGAAAGAGGGAAGAGAGAGGGAGGAGAGAGUGGGAGAGGGAGGGAAGAGAGAGGGAAGAGAGAGGGAAGAGAGAAGGAAGAGAAAGGGAAGAGAGAGGGAAGAGAGAGGGAGGAUAG